GCAGUGGGGAGAAGCGACAAGGUAGGCUGUCACUCUGCAAAAGCUGCUCAGAGCAGACUCUCCUCUGAAAAGCAGCGUUCCUUUUCAGAAAGACUGGCUCUAAAGGCUGCCUGGAGACAAGAAGCCUUCAGUAUGCUGAAUUACUUUCAUUACGUAUUUUCAGAUGCCUAUUGACUCCACAGUAGGAAGAGUGAGGGACUGCAGCCGAGAAGCCGUACUGUUGCCCGUUCUAUACAUUAGCGGACUGCUGAAACAAUGGCACAGGACAGACACAUUCUCAUUAAGGUCAUUCUGGAGAGGUUUUUAUGACCCUCUUCCCUGAGCCCUCUACUAACAAAUGAACAAAAUGAAACAAUCAAAACUGGAAAUGCUUCAGCUACAACAAGAAGUGGUCAAAUCUUUAGCAGAGGGCCCACAACUAAUCCCAUAUAUACAACUGACGAUAUGAAGAACGCAACUGCCUGAGAAGCUCUCUAGCUCUCUGAACCACAAACUGCUAGAUAUUCUUGUAACACAGGACUUUUAAGGAGCUAAGGAGUUAAUGCCUCGGAUUAGCUUGGCUGGAACGUAACAAGCUGACAGCAUCCCGUGAAGAUGCUACACAGAAUAACCACGAAAAGGAAAAAAAAAUAGAAUUGUAAAAGCCUAAAGACCACGGGAAAAUGUUUUAAAAGGGAAGAUCUAGCACUUUAACACAGCAGAAUUAUGGACACUAUUGGAUUCUGCAGGAACCCGUGAAGCAAAACCUUCAAAGGGAAAACAGCAUGACAUAUCAGUAAGCAAACGAAGCUUUAGCAAGUGUUUUCUGUACUAUCCAGAUAUUCACAGCAAUUGAUUUGACUAAUAGAGUUUUCCAUCUGAGCUUUAUGACCAAUUAUGUAUCCUCUUCUAAUGAGAACAAACCAAAUUAAAUAGCAGAUGGUUUUUAUCAAAAGAGCAUGUACUGGAUUUAUAAUAUAAAGCAAAUUAUGUGAUCAAGAAAUCAUUUUGAAAUAAUGAGAACUGCUGCAGAAACAGACUGCAAACAAAUGGAUAUCUAAAUGCAUUUUAGAAGCUAGAGACAUUAUGUUUCCUUUUCUGUUUUCACAUACUCUGGAAAACAAAGAGACACAACCUAUAUUCUUUCAAAAAGGAAGUGUAAUUUCUAUCAUUUGAUGAAGUUUCAUUUGUCCAUGACUUUCUGAGGAGGAAAAAAAAACCACGAAAAUUGUGUGCUGUUCUUUAGAAAUCCAUCAGCCAACUAAAUCUCACAAUUUGUACAGCUGAAGUACUCAAAUAACAAAAGAAUGAAUUCCUGCAAGACAUGAAAUAAAACACACUGUUAUCAGGGAAAAAAUUCAUGUCAAAAUUGUCAAUGACAUCAUGUAUCAAUUUGUGGAAAACUACCAUGGUGAGCCAAAAGGCCCAUAAGGCAACAGCAAACAGGGGAAACACCAACUGUUCCAAAAGAAUGUGUUUUUCUCCUGUUCUGGGAAUCAACAUGCAGUCUGAAUCAAACAUUACAGUGCGAGAUGACAUUGAGGGCAUCGACGCCAAUAUGUACCAACCACUAUCAUACCCAUUAAGCUUUCAAGUGUCUCUCACUGGAUUUCUCAUGUUAGAAAUUGUGCUGGGACUUGGCAGCAACCUUACUGUAUUGGUACUUUACUGCAUGAAAUCCAACUUAAUCAACUCAGUCAGUAACAUUAUUACAAUGAAUCUCCAUGUACUUGAUGUAAUAAUCUGUGUGGGAUGUAUUCCUCUAACUAUAGUGAUCCUUCUGCUCUCACUGGAGAGUAACACUGCUCUCAUCUGCUGUUUCCAUGAAGCCUGUGUUUCCUUUGCAAGUGUUUCGACAGCAAUCAACGUUUUUGCUAUCACUCUGGACAGAUACGACAUCUCUGUAAAACCUGCAAACAGAAUUCUGACAAUGGGCAGAGCUGUAAUGCUAAUGACAUCCAUUUGGAUUUUUUCUUUCUUCUCAUUCCUGAUUCCCUUCAUUGAAGUAAAUUUUUUCAGUCUUCAAAGUGGAAACGCGUGGGAAAACAAGACACUGCUGUGUGUCAGCACAAGUGAGUACUACACUGAGCUGGGGAUGUAUUAUCACCUUCUGGUUCAGAUCCCCAUCUUCUUCUUCACAGUUGUAGUGAUGCUCAUCACAUACACCAAGAUACUUCAGGCUCUUAACAUUCGAAUAGGCACCAGAUUCUCAACAGGGCAGAAGAAGAAAGUUCGGAAGAAAAAGACAAUCUCUCUAACCACACACGAGACCACAGACAUGUCACAGAGCAGUGGUGGGAGAAACGUGGUUUUUGGUGUGAGAACUUCAGUCUCUGUCAUAAUCGCCCUCCGGCGCGCUGUGAAGCGCCACCGGGAACGACGAGAACGGCAGAAAAGAGUCUUCAAGAUGUCUUUAUUGAUUAUUUCUACAUUUCUUCUCUGUUGGACACCAAUUUCUGUUUUAAAUACCACAAUUUUAUGUUUAGGCCCAAGUGACCUUUUAGUAAAAUUAAGAUUGUGUUUUCUAGUCAUGGCUUAUGGAACCACUAUAUUCCACCCUCUCUUGUAUGCAUUCACCAGACAAAAAUUUCAAAAGGUCUUAAAAAGCAAAAUGAAAAAACGAGUUGUUUCCAUAGUUGAAGCUGAUCCCAUGCCUAACAAUGCUGUAAUACACAACUCAUGGAUAGAUCCUAAGAGAAAUAAAAAGGUUACCUAUGAGGACAGUGAAAUAAGGGAGAAAUGUUUAGUACCUCAGGUUGUCACAGACUAGGGAGAAGUCUAAGCUUCACCAAAUCUACAUUCAGAAGAGUUUUAAAUUUAAAUUGUAAAAACUGAUUACUGCCAAAUGUAAGAGAAAAACAUUCUCAGUAUUGGUUAUGUUGUAAAUUUUCAAUGUGAAUGUCAAUUAGAUUAGGUCAUAUAUACUCAAUUUCUUCAUUAUUUAAUGUAUUUGUUGCAUGGCAGUUUGUUAAAAGUAAUAUCAUGUGUAUAUUGUCAAUAUUAUGUCCAUCAGAAGAUACUCAUGUAAGUCAUAUUUUCUAAAGAAUAAAUACAUAGCCUUAAAACAGUGUAUAACUUUAAAAUGUAACUGACACAGGUAUCUACAUUUUUAAAUGUAUGAAACCUAUUAUUUCUAAGCCACAACCUAGAUAUAUUUAUAUGAGAAGUUGCAUAAAAUUUAACACAAAAAUUAUAAUCAGAACAAUCAAGGGAAGAUUUUCUGUACCACUAUGUUAUAUUUCUGUUAUGAUAAACUUGUUAUUAUAUUUUAACAAAAAUAAUGAACUAUAUAUAAACCUUAUUCUUUCUUAUAUAUAACACUUAUGUGGGCAACCAUAGACUAUAUUAGUAUUUUAAAACCAUGAACCAAUUAAUAAAUCAAUUCUGUAUAUGCACACAAAAUUAGGGAAAUUUUUCUAGUUCAAGCUUAUUAUAUAAAAAGAUUGAAUUCUAUUACAAGGAUGAUAUGCCUGUAAUACAAAUGAACCAACAAUAAAGGGAGGGAAGAAA